UAUUAUGUGAUUUCAGUUCUCUCUUUCAUUUUGUCACUUUUUUGCUUCUGCUGCUUUUCCAUUCCUUUCUUCACAUCUGCAACCAAAACAUGCAUUUUUGGUCUUGGUAAUGUAACCACCUUUUGUUUCUUUCACCAUUAUCACUUUUCUUGCUAAGCCAUUCCUUGGACUGGUUUAUUGACUUGUUACUCUCAAAAUCCUUCCGCUCACAUUUCCACCACAUGCAUAUCAAGCCCUCUUAAAAGGGUAUCUCUAAAGCUUUUGAUCAUUCUGGGUUACUCAAUUAUCCAGUGAAAGCUUAGAAAAUCACCACUUUUCACUUCAACCAAGUGUUGUGAAUUGUAUCUCUCUUUUCAAUCUUCACAUCUUCAACAAAAGCAAAAGAUCUUUCUUUUUUUGUUAAGAUGAUGUUUUCAGUGAUGAGAAUUCUUUGCUUGUUGCCUUUUCUGCUCACUUUGUGUCUGUCAAAAUCUCUGCUGGUGGGUGGUGAGUUGCAGGAACAAACUUUACUACCUUCCAUCAACCAAAAUCUCAGAGUUCCAGGCUGGAAUGCCAGCACCUCAGAUUACUGCUCCUGGAAAGGUGUCAUCUGUGGCAACCUCUCACUGGUGGAGAAGCUCACUCUCUCUAAUCAGAAUCUUGGAGGCAAUGUAAGUUCAAUUUCCAGGCUCAAAGCUUUGAAGUGGCUUGACCUUUCAAACAAUAACUUUCAAGGGAUGAUUCCAGCUGCUUUUGGAAAUUUAUCCCAUCUUGAAUAUCUUGACUUGUCUUCAAACAAGUUUGAAGGUUCAAUUCCACCACAAUUGGGAGGUCUCAAAAGCCUCAAAUCAUUGAACUUUUCCAAUAACAUGCUGGUGGGAGAGAUACCUAAGGAACUUCAAGGCCUUGAGACUUUACAGGAUUUUCAAAUUUUCAACAAUCAUCUGAGUGGUUCCAUACCCAACUGGGUUGAGCACUGGACCAAUCUGAGAGUUUUUGCUGCUUAUGAGAAUCAUUUCAAUGGAAGGAUUCCAGAUGCUCUGGGAUUCCUUUCUGAGCUUACAACACUGAACCUGCAUUCAAACCACCUUGAAGGUCCUAUACCAGGAAGCCUCUUUUCUGCAUGGAAGCUAGAAGUUCUGAUUCUCAGUCAGAACAACUUGAGUGGUGAAAUUCCGGAGGAAAUCGGGAACUGUCGAACUCUUGUCAGUGUUCGAAUUGGAAACAAUAAUCUACAAGGUAAUAUUCCUAAGAGUGUUGGAAACCUUACUAGCCUUGCUUACUUUGAAGCUGAUGAUAAUAAUCUUUCUGGUGAGUUAGUAUCAGAGUUUUCUCUGUGUUAUAAUCUCACCUUCUUGAACUUGGCUUCAAAUGGAUUUACUGGAAUAAUUUCACCAGAAUUUGGAAAGCUUAUGAACCUGCAGGUGUUGAUGCUUUCUGAAAAUCUCCUUCAUGGUGAUAUUCCAGAAUCGAUUCUUCAGAUCAGAAGUCUUGAGAUUCUUGACUUAAGCAAUAACAGGUUCAAUGGAACAAUACCAAACGGAAUCUGUGACAUCGCUCAGUUGCAGAAGCUGNCGAUAUUGAUAUCUCUCUUUUCAAUCUUCACAUCUUCAACAAAAGCAAAAGAUCUUUCUUUUUUUGUUAAGAUGAUGUUUUCAGUGAUGAGAAUUCUUUGCUUGUUGCCUUUUCUGCUCACUUUGUGUCUGUCAAAAUCUCUGCUGGUGGGUGGUGAGUUGCAGGAACAAACUUUACUACCUUCCAUCAACCAAAAUCUCAGAGUUCCAGGCUGGAAUGCCAGCACCUCAGAUUACUGCUCCUGGAAAGGUGUCAUCUGUGGCAACCUCUCACUGGUGGAGAAGCUCACUCUCUCUAAUCAGAAUCUUGGAGGCAAUGUAAGUUCAAUUUCCAGGCUCAAAGCUUUGAAGUGGCUUGACCUUUCAAACAAUAACUUUCAAGGGAUGAUUCCAGCUGCUUUUGGAAAUUUAUCCCAUCUUGAAUAUCUUGACUUGUCUUCAAACAAGUUUGAAGGUUCAAUUCCACCACAAUUGGGAGGUCUCAAAAGCCUCAAAUCAUUGAACUUUUCCAAUAACAUGCUGGUGGGAGAGAUACCUAAGGAACUUCAAGGCCUUGAGACUUUACAGGAUUUUCAAAUUUUCAACAAUCAUCUGAGUGGUUCCAUACCCAACUGGGUUGAGCACUGGACCAAUCUGAGAGUUUUUGCUGCUUAUGAGAAUCAUUUCAAUGGAAGGAUUCCAGAUGCUCUGGGAUUCCUUUCUGAGCUUACAACACUGAACCUGCAUUCAAACCACCUUGAAGGUCCUAUACCAGGAAGCCUCUUUUCUGCAUGGAAGCUAGAAGUUCUGAUUCUCAGUCAGAACAACUUGAGUGGUGAAAUUCCGGAGGAAAUCGGGAACUGUCGAACUCUUGUCAGUGUUCGAAUUGGAAACAAUAAUCUACAAGGUAAUAUUCCUAAGAGUGUUGGAAACCUUACUAGCCUUGCUUACUUUGAAGCUGAUGAUAAUAAUCUUUCUGGUGAGUUAGUAUCAGAGUUUUCUCUGUGUUAUAAUCUCACCUUCUUGAACUUGGCUUCAAAUGGAUUUACUGGAAAAAUUUCACCAGAAUUUGGAAAGCUUAUGAACCUGCAGGUGUUGAUGCUUUCUGAAAAUCUCCUUCAUGGUGAUAUUCCAGAAUCGAUUCUUCAGAUCAGAAGUCUUGAGAUUCUUGACUUAAGCAAUAACAGGUUCAAUGGAACAAUACCAAACGGAAUCUGUGACAUCGCUCAGUUGCAGAAGCUGCUGUUGGACAGGAAUUUCAUAAGAGGAGUGAUCCCUCAGGAAAUUGGAAGGUGUAGAGAACUUCUUGAAUUGAAAUUGGGGAGUAACAAUCUGACAGGAACUAUUCCCUCUCAGAUUGGUCACAUGCAUAACUUGGAGAUAGCCUUAAAUUUGAGCUACAACCAUCUUCAAGGACAAUUGCCCCCAGAAUUAGGAAGACUGAUCAAACUUGGUUCUCUGGAUAUUUCCAACAAUAAUCUCACAGGUAAUAUCCCUGAUACAUUUAUCGGGAUGGUGGGCUUGAUUGUCAUUAACAUGUCAAAUAAUCAGCUCAGUGGUAAAUUGCCAAAGUGUGCAUCAUUCCUGCAUAAUCCUGCUUCAAGUUAUUUGGGCAACAGAGGGCUUUGCGGGGAGCCAUUGAACAUUACAUGUGAAGAUAUUCGCUAUCGUUACAUAGCUGUGGAAAACAAUAAUAAAUUUACUUACGAAACCAUAAUGUAUAUACUUGGACCGUUUCUUCUGGCUUUUAUGUUAUUUGCUGCAGUUGUCUUGGUAAACAGAGUGUGUCAGAGGAAAGUAGAAAAAGUUCCUGAGAUAGAAUGUGGUGAAAGCAUUAAAGAAGCAUCUAUAAUAUCAGGAAAAGUUUUCGCUGACAAUCUAAGAGAAGAAGUAGACCUUGAAGCGGUUGCUAAAGCAACUCUUGAAGAAUCUAAUAAGCUUAGCAGUGGCACUUUCAGUGCACUUUACAAGGCAUUGAUGCCCUCUGGGGUAGUCUUACUUGUAAGGAAAAUAAUCCCUAUGGACAUGACAAUAAUGCAGCGGCAGAGCAAGAUCAUUUCAGAGCUUCACAGGCUUAUAAAACUAUCCCAUGAACAUGUAAUGAAACCCGUUGGAUAUGUGAUUUGUAGCGAUGCUGCUCUUCUCAUAUAUCAGUACAUAUCCUGUGGAACAUUGGCUCAACUUCUUCAUGAACCUGCAAUGCAACCUGAAUAUCAGCUCGAUUGGCCUGCUAGGUUCUCUAUUGCAAUGGGAAUAGCAAAAGGUUUGGUUUUCCUUCAUCAGAAGGCAAUUAUCCACCUUGACAUUUCUUCUAGCAAUAUUCUUCUAGAUGCAUAUUUAGGGCCACUGAUUGGGGACAUCGAAAUAUCAAAGUUCUUAGAUCAAACUAAAGGAAGUGCUAGUAUUGUCCCAUAUGUAGGUUCUUUUGGUUACGUUCCACCAGAAUAUGCAUACACAAUGCGAGUGACAGCAGCUGGAAAUAUUUAUAGCUUUGGUGUGAUACUGCUGGAGAUGGUAACUUCCAGAGCAGCAUUUGAUGAGGGUAAUGGAGAAGGUGUAGACUUGGUGAAGUGGGUUCGUGAAGCUGCAGCAAGAGGUGAAAGUCCAGAGCAGAUAAUGGAUGCAACGCUUAGCUCAGUGUGCGAUGAAUGGAGAAAAGAAAUGCUUGAUACUCUGAAAGUGGCCUUGUUCUGCACUCAAAUCAGGCCAAAAAACCGACCAAAUAUCAACAACGUUGUGGGAAUGCUUCGAGAAAUAAGGAACCAAAUUGAUUUCUGUGUCGAUUGA